CAGUAUCCCAUCUUUGGUGUUACAAUUUGCUGUGGAUUUGCAUUAUGGAAAUUGAUAUCGGUUUUCUACUGGUGAAGUCAUACGUGUUAGGUGAAAUACCAUCCCUAAAGGACAGAAUCGCCAUUGUCCGCUAGCUUUGGGGCCUUACAGGAGAUAUUUUGGUCCUAGUUGAACCAGGAACACCACAUGGAUCUAACAUCAUAUCGCAAAUGAGAUCUCAUAUAUUAUGGAUGGAAAGAAGGAGAUCUCACAAAUUAGAAGAGUCACCUGACAAAUCUUGUAAAGCCUUGACGACACACAAAAGUGGUGCAUUUAUUGUAGCACCUUGUGGACACGAUGGACCUUGUCCGUUGAGUAAGUCUGGAAAAUACUGUCAUUUUGUUCAACGGUUGGAGAGGACUACAUCACAACUUACUGUCAAGCGGUCCAGCGGUGCAUCUCUUCGUGGCUUUGAAGAUGAGAAAUUUUCUUAUGUUGUUUUGAGACGAGGACAACGGCCGAGAGAAGCUUGGCCACUUGAUGGCAUGAAGUUUGAAACAUUGGAGGAACAACAUGCUAGAAGAAAUGAAGAAGAUAUAGAGAUUAACUAUGAGGACCAAUUGCCUUUAGAAAUUGAGGAAGACCUGAAAGGAGAGGAUCACAUAUCCUAUGAUUCUGAUGAUACAGAAGCAGACACCAUUACAGAUGAAGAUGAGAGUGAGGAAGCAGCAGCAGCUUCUGCUGGUCUUGGUACUGGUUGGGGAAGAAUAAUUUACUCUCCUAUACGAAGGGGGAAGCGGGUCGAAAUGGACGUGUGCCGGGCAACAAAUGCCGAAGGCACGAAAGGCUCUUUUGAUCGGAUUAUCGUUACAAAGAGCAAGAAUCCAACAAUGCAUCGUCAAGCUAAAAGAUCCCUCUGGGGAGACCUCUGGCCACUUUGAAACACCCUACACAUGAAGAAACUAUGCUACAUGUCAUCAUCACUUGGGGCGUUUUUCUCUACAAAUCAACUGAAGAAAUUGUCCAUCCAAAAAAGAAGUGGAAACCGAACUUGUCGCGUAGGACUGUGAUUUCAUGCCUUCUCCUCACCCACAAUGCCCACUUUGGGGUUAUGUUGGGGAUUUAUGCCCUCUUAAGUGUUCCCUCUGUUGCAAUUGAUAUGUUCCCUCUUCAUCAGACAGCACAGUUUUCAUGUUAUUAUGAAUGCCAGAUUGACAAAAAAAAACAUGAGCAAUACCAUUUGUCUUUCCUAUAAACAGCAUAUUUGUUAUGAUGUUCCUAACUUGUUUUGGCCCCCUAGGCUAUGUUUGGAUGGAGAGUUUUGGAGCAAUAAAGAGAGUAGAGUCAA